CCUCCCAGAGACUCCCCCUUCAAUACCUACAAUAUCUUUUUUGUCAUAUUCCUUAACAUUUAUAAAAUAUUAUAACAAUAAAAAUAAGUAUUAUAAAAGUUGUUUGAUGGAGGCAGCAGCGUCCUGGGCGGGCUGGAGGUGCAGCUUUGGAGGUUGGUGGUAAAUCCUCCAGGCUGCACGCAGCACUGUGGAGCCGAGACCCCAGCCCAGCCUUGGCCUACGUGCCCCUCCUGCCCCUCGCGGCUUCGCGUGCCAGCCCCUCCUCUGCACGCGGACUUGUGGUGCUGGCCUGCCUGCCCAGCUACCCUCCCUGGCCCCGAGGGUCUGCUGUGCCGCCCUGAGGAGGCAGGGAGGGGAGGGCUGGACCAGCCGGCUGCUGGAAGACCAUGCCAAACUUCUGCGUUGCUCCCAACUGCACAGGGAAGAAGAGCACACAGUCUGACCUGGCCUUCUUCAGGUUCCCGUGGGACCUGGCCAGAUGCCAGAAGUGGGUUGAGAAUUGUAGGAGAGCAGACAUAGAAGAUAAAACAUCUGAUCAACUAAAUAAACAUUAUCGACUAUGUGCCAAACACUUUGAGACCUCUAUGUUCUGUAGAACUAUUCCUUAUCGGACAGUUCUUCGAGAUAAUGCAAUACCAACAAUAUUUGAUCUUACCAGUCAUUUGAACAAUCCACAUAGCAGACACAGAAAACGGAUAAAAGAAUUGAGCGAAGAUGAAAUCAGGACUCUGAAACAGAAAAAAAAAAAUGAGGAGACUUCUGAACAAGAACAGGAAACUAACUGCAAUGCUCAGAGCCCCAGUGCAGAAGCGGGGAACCAGCAGGAUGGAAAUGUGUUGCCUUUAACCCUUGAAGAGAAGGAGAACAAAGAGUACCUCAAAUCAUUGUUUGAGAUUCUGAUUCUCAUGGGAAAACAGAACAUUCCCUUGGAUGGGCAUGAGGCUGACGAGAUCCCAGAGGGUCUCUUUGCUCCAGAUAAUUUCCAGGCACUCCUGGAGUGCCGCAUCAAUUCUGGAGAAGAAGUCCUAAGGAAAUGCUUUGAGAAGGCGGUCAACACGUUAUUCUGCUCUAAAACUCAGCAGAGGCAGAUGCUGGAGAUCUGUGAGAGCUGCAUUCGGGAGGAGACACUCAGGGAAGUGAGGGACUCACACUUCUUUUCCAUCAUCACAGAUGAUGUGGUAGACAUAGCAGGAGAGGAGCACUUGCCUGUGCUGGUGCGGUUUGUUGAUGACACUCAUAACCUGAGAGAGGAGUUUGUGGGAUUUCUGCCGUAUGAAGCUGAUGCAGAGAUUUUGGCUGUGAAAUUUUACACUACGAUAACUGAGAAGUGGGGAUUGAAUAUGGAGUAUUGUCAUGGUCAGGCUUACAUUGUGUCCAGUGGAUUUUCUUCCAAAAUGAAAGUCGUUGCUUCAAGACUUUUAGAAAAAUAUCCCCAGGCUGUCUACACCCUCUGUUCUUCCUGUGCCUUAAAUACAUAGUUGGCAAAGUCUGUCCCUGUGAUUGGGGUGUCCGUGGCUUUAGGAACCAUUGAGGAAGUCUGUUCUUUUUUCCAUAGAUCACCACAGCUGCUUUUAGAACUUGGCAAUGUAAUUUCUGUUCUUUUUCAGAAUAGUGAAGAACGGUCUAAAGAACUGAAGGAAAUUUGUCAUUCCCAGUGGACAGGCAGGCAUGAUGCCUUUGAAAUCUUAGUGGAUCUGCUACAAGCACUUGUCUUAUGUUUAGAUGGUAUAAUAAAUAGCGACACAAAUGUUAGGUGGAAUAACUAUGUAGUUGGACGAGCAUUUGUACUCUGUAGCGCAGUGACAGAUUUUGAUUUCAUUGUUACCAUUGUUGUUCUUAAAAAUGUGUUAUCUUUUACAAGAGCCUUUGGGAAGAAUCUCCAGGGACAGACUUCUGAUGUCUUCUUUGCAGCCAAUGGCUUGACUGCAGUACUGCACUCACUUAACGAGGUGAUAGAAAAUAUUGAGGUUUAUCAUGAGUUUUGGUUUGAGGAAGCCACAAAUUUAGCAACCAAACUUGAC